UUUAACAUAUUUGGCAUAUUUGAAAUGCCUUGAGUACAUACACAAUACUCAAUCAUUUCGCCGAUUGAUAUUAUUCAAAGUAUCCAGAAUGGGUAAAGUACGUCAUUCAUCGUUUUGACAUGUAUUUUUAGCUACAUUUGACGUUUUAUUCACAUUGUGAGUCUUGCACUUUGUUUAUUUCUCGCAUUUAUAAAUGUUUGAGCGGUUGACGUUGUACGAAUGUGUGUUUGCGGAUUCAGUCUUAAAACAAUCAACUUGACGCAAUCACAAGGUGAAUAGCGUUUCGAUACAAUUCCGCUAAAAUGAAUCAUCAUCAUCGCCCUUCAAUCAAUCGUAAAAUAUAUGAUUUUUAAAUGGUUUCAAUUUUGUUUCUCUUCAUUAUCGUUUUAUCCGAUAAAUAGUGAUCGAUAAUAGAUGUUGGUUGAACGCGUAUGCAAAAAAUAAAUAAGAGUAUUUCAUUACGGUUCAUGAACGCGAACGAAGGGUGUUUUCUGCGUUUGUGUGAAAAACUUUUUGUUUCGUUCUCUUUUGAGUGAAAAAUAGAAUUAAAUCAAAAACUAGUGAUUAGAUAGACAUUGGUAUAAUAUAUAUAACUAGAAAUUAGUGUGAAUAUAGAUACUAAAAUGAUAAGACCGAUGACGCCACCGAAUGCGUCUCAUUCAAGCCAAACGACUGCAUGGGCAAAAGUGCGUUUAUUGUUGUGGAAAAAUUGGUUAUUACAAAAACGACACAAAAUCCAUACGAUUGUUGAUAUUUUUCUGCCGGUGUGCUUCUUUAUAUUCUGUGCAUGGAUGCAAAAAUCUGUCGGCAUUCAACAUGUGGAGAAGGUCAUCUAUCCAAGUCUGAAUGUUAAUACACUCGAUCCGUUAUGGAAUCCUCCGCAGCUUCUGUACCCUCCAAUUAAUGAGAGUCGACUGAUUUUCGCACCAGACAAUGACAUCUUCAGGAAUAUAAUGAUCAAAGUGUCCGGACGACUAGGUCUUGAUAAGCCCGUUGGUCUUAGCAAUAGUAGUCAAAUGGAAGAAACUUUUGUGAAACGAGGAUUAAUUGCUGGAGUUGAAUUUCAUCAUUCAAAUAAAGCGACUGAGCUCCCAAAGAGCCUCUCCUAUUCACUUCGUUUUCCGGGUGAAUUGCGCCGUGGGGACAUGCCAUCUUACAACAAUAUAGAUUUGCUAAAUUGGCAGACCAAACGUGUGUUUCCGAUAGAUUCAUUUUCGCCACGAUAUGCAGGCGAAUAUGAUGGUGGACCGCCAUCCUAUUACAAGGAGGGUUUUUUGGCCAUUCAAAAUGCAAUCGCUAAAAUAUUUGUCGACAUGCUACAAUCGGAUUCGAAUAAAAUACCAACACCCGACAUCCAAGUGAAUCGAUUCCCGUACCCGGCAUACAUUUCUAAUUUGUUUAUAUCGCAGUUCAAUAUAAUAAUGCCACUGUUUGUCCUGGUGAGUUUGAACUACACAUUCAUGAAUACGGUGCGUUUCAUAUCGAUCGAAAAGGAGAAGCAACUGAAAGAGGCAAUGAAAAUCAUGGGUUUGGCGAGUUGGAUGCAUUAUCUCAGCUGGUUCAUUCGAACAAUAGUGAUGUUGACAAUUCCAAUGGUGUUGAUCACAGUGCUAUUGAAGUGGCCAUGGUUUGGAGGAGCAAUGGCAAUUUUUCCACAUUCCAACUUUAUGUGCUUAAUCAUCUUUCUACUCGGUUACUGUAUAUGCUUAAUAACAAUGGCGUUCGUCAUUUGCUCCGUAUUCACCAUGUCCAAAUCGGCAAUGACCAGCUCAACGGUCGUAUGGUAUUUGUCGUGCGCGCCAUUCUUUUUAUUCAAAGAUGACGUAGCCACAUGGUUGAAGCUGAUAUUUUGUAUCUUCCCGAAUACGGCAAUGUCCUAUGCAUUCGGUAUAAUUGCACAUCUGGAAGAUUUGGGCGUGGGUCUGAACUGGACCACAGCAUUUCAAACGGUGUCUGUAUAUGAGGAUUUAACGGUGGCUAUGCUAUUUGGAUACCUCAUUAUGAUGGCGAUUGUCCUUUUUUUCAUUACAUUAUACGUGGAAAAUGUGCUGCCAGGUGGUUAUGGUGUUUCUAAACCAUGGUAUUUCAUAUGCACUAAAAGUUUCUGGCAAAGCUUCAACAAUUAUCAGCAAUUCAAUGAUAAUCAUACCGAAGAAGAAUCGUACGAAUUUGCCGAAGCAAAUACAAAUAAGUCGAAUUUUGAAAGUGAACCCAUAAACAAAACCAUUGGCAUUGAAAUUCGUAAUUUGACCAAGAAAUUUUCGAACGACAAAGCAGCCGUGUCGAAUUUAUCGUUGAAUAUUUACAACAAUCAAAUCACCUGCUUGCUUGGACAAAACGGAGCGGGUAAAACGACAACCAUUUCGAUGCUAACGGGAAUGAUGGAAGCAACAACUGGUACGGCCAUUAUCAAUGGCUGUGACAUUCGAACGAACAUGGACAAAGCACGCGGUUCAAUGGGAUUCUGUCCACAGCACAACAUUCUGUUCGAUGAGCUAACCGUUCGCGAGCACAUCAUAUUCUACUGUACCCUAAAGGGAUUGAGCGCCGAAGUGGCCGAACGUGAAGCGAAAAAGUACGGACAAAUACUUGAGCUGAGCGACAAAAUGGACACAUUAUCCACGGCGUUGUCGGGCGGAAUGAAACGAAAAUUAUCGGUCGUAAUUGCAUUGUGCGGCAAUUCGAAGAUUGUAUUCUUGGAUGAACCAACGAGUGGCAUGGAUCCAGGUGCCCGGCGAACACUCUGGGACAUUUUGCUAGCGGAAAAGAAAGAUCGUGCCAUUUUACUGACCACUCACUUCAUGGAUGAAGCCGAUGUGCUCAGUGAUCGAAUCGCUAUUUUGGCUGAUGGUGAACUCAAAUGUACUGGGUCUACGUUCUUCUUGAAGAAACGCUUUGGCACCGGCUAUCAUUUGAUUUGUGCUAAAGAUGAGGACUGCAUCUCAAAUAUAGUUACCGAACUUUUACAAAGACACAUCCCAGACAUUCGCCUCGAACAUGAAAAUGAUACCGAAAUCUCGUACCUUUUACCCGACCACAGAAACGAACAAUUCCAAAUCAUAUUCGAAGACUUGGAGAACAACGAAGGUCGUUUGAAGAUUAGUAGUUUUGGUAUUUCUUUGACCACACUGGAAGAAAUUUUCUUGAAAAUUGGAAAGUCGGACAGUUUUACGGCGACUUCACCACGUAUUGGAUCGGAUCAGUCGUCAGACAUCGACAGUGGCAUUAGCGACACUCGCAUCACAUUGAACGACGAUCAUCACUUGCUACGCGGUCCAGCUUUGUGGAGAAAUCAAACGAUUGCCAUGUUUAAGAAACGUUACCUUUGCUGGAUUCGGGCAAUUCUGUCGUUUUUGUACUACAACUUCUUUGUGCUGUUCAUGUUGAUUUUUGUGAUCUUUCCAGUUGGUAAUCUUUGGUCUUCUUCAAAAGAAUUGCCACCGAUGGACAUUACACUGAACGCAUACAAAUCACCGUAUGCUAUUCUAGCAGAAUCAAAUUCAUCAAUUGCCAUGCAGUACAAGAAAAUCAUUGAUCAAACAUCAAGCGCCAAAUUGCUAACCGUUGACAGUGGUGACAUGGAUACUGAUCUCUUAGACUUGGCCAAAUCACAUUUAAAAGAGUUUAAAUAUCAGUAUUUGGUCGCGGUCAGUUUUAUGGGAAACGAAACAAUCACAGCAUGGUUUAACAAUCAAGCGUAUCAUACAGCUGCAGUGGCCCUGAACCUUGUGCAUAAUGCCAUUGUGAAAAGUUUCAUUGGCAACGAACACGGUAUUAGUGUAACAAAUGCACCAUUCAAGUUUUUGCCAAAGCACAAUGACUCCGAUGCGGACGUUUUGAACAAUAUGGAUGCAUUUGGUUUUACGUUUAGUAUUGUAAUUGGACUUGUCAUGUCGAUCUUAUCAGCAUCGUAUAUACAAUUUUACAUCAAGGAGAAGGAAAACAAUGCAAAAUUCAUGCAGUACACCAGCGGUGCAUAUAUGUUCGUUUUCUGGGGUGCAUCCAUCCUAUGGGACUUAUUCACGAACUCGAUCACCAUUGGCUUAAUCAUUGUGAUGCUGGCAAUUGGGCAACAUGAGCAUUGGCGAACGCCCAGCGAAUUGGCAAUCGUUUUUCUGAUUUUAUUCGUGUACAAUUUCGCGAUGAGUCCGGUCAUUUGCCUGUUGUCGCUGAUCUUUUCAAAACCGACGACCGGAAUGAAUGUCCUCAGCAUUGCAAAUACCGUAUUGUUGAUGGUGUUCGCGAUGAAUAUACCUUUUCGAUUUUUAAACAAAGUAGUUUACUAUAUUUUCUGGUCAUUUCCACUUUGUACGAUGAUUGAUGCGAUCUUUAAGUUGCCAACAUUCCACACAAAAGAACUACAAUGCGAAGCAGAGUGCAAGAAGAAUUACAAUGCCGACAAAUGUGAUUGGGAAAAGUUUUGUAAAUACGAUCCGAAAUGCUGCUCUGAAACAAUAUUUUCAUGGAGUAGUGGCAUCUCUCAAAACUUGGUUCUGAUGACAGCCAUUGGCAUAGUUGCUUACCUCCUGCUAGUUUUCAUUGAAAGCGGAACGUUUAAAUUCAUUAGAACGUACAUAUUGGGUGCCAUACCUCGCACUUAUCCGUAUCAAAAUCCGGAAAAUGUCGAUGAUGAUGUGGCUGCUGAAAAAGAGCGCAUCGACUGUAUGACCGUACAGGAGCUAAAAACUGAGACGAUCGUCAUGCAAAAUGUUUCGAAAUUCUAUGGGAAAUUUUGUGCUGUUAAUCAAAUAUCGGCAUCAGUCAAAAGAGGUGAAUGCUUCGGCUUGCUUGGAAAGAAUGGAGCAGGCAAGUCAUCCAUCUUCAAAAUGCUUACCGGCGAAACGAUAAUCACGAGUGGUGAAAUUUUCACCUAUGGCUACAAUCAAAAAUCCCAACUUCCAAACAUCUAUCAAAUGAUUGGCUAUUGUCCUCAAUUUGAUGCAUUGCUAAAUGGUCUCACGUGUCGUGAAACACUAGAAAUAUUCGCUAUGUUGCGUGGCAUUCCAGCCCAAGAUGUGAAAGGCUACAUUGAAAACUGUGCUCGUAGUUUAGACUUCAUUCAACACAUUGACAAAAAAGUGAAGCAAUUGAGUGGCGGAAAUAAACGAAAGCUAAGCACGAGUCUGGCAAUUAUCGGGAAUUUGAGUGUAAUUUUCUUGGAUGAACCGACGACUGGUAUGGAUCCGGCCACGAAACGCAACUUAUGGAACGUAGUCAUACAAUCACGCGAAGCGGGCAAAUCAAUUGUUCUGACCUCACACAGUAUGGAAGAGUGUGAAGCACUUUGCACCCGAAUGACGGUGCUCGUCAAUGGUUUAUGCAAAUGUCUUGGCUCUGCCCAACAUCUCAAAAAUAAAUUCACCAAAGGAUUCGAACUCAAAAUCAAAGUCAAAGAUGAUGAAAUGAGAAACAUGAGCAUCAUUGAUGUGAAAAACUUUGUUCUACAAACAUUCGUUGGAGCAAUAUUUAGAGAGGAGUACCAAGGCAUCCUAACAUAUUCCAUUCCGGCUGAAAACAUCCGAUGGUCAUCCGUAUUUGGUAUCAUGGAAAAUGCAAAGAAAAUACUGAAAAUCGAUGAUUAUUCAGUCAGUCAAAAUUCGCUGGAGCAAGUGGUUUUGGCGCUGGUUAAAGACCAAGAAGGACCAAGAAAUCAGAAAUAAUUUCAAUUACCAUCGAGUACACUGAGUAAUACAGUUUCUUUUCGUAAAUUACACGAAUGUUUCUCAAAAAUUUCGUAUAUACAAUGAAAAUUUCGAGGCUCAAAACCGAGAAUGCCUUCGUACUACGAUAAUAAUUUCACGGUGUACAGCACAGUAUUUUCUUGAAAAUUUAUUUAAAAGAAGAGAAGAAAGUUUCAAACGCGCACCAAAAAAAAGAAAGAAAAUCCUCUAAAACUCUGGAGGAUAUAGUAUUGUUGACAACAAUAGUAACUUCAAUUUAUUACCUUUUUUACUUUCGGUAAUUCGUUAUAAAGUAUUUUUGUUAACUUGAUUAGAAUUAGGUAAUUUUCUAACUAAUCUAUUCUUAUGAGUCAUCUUUUGUAAGUCAAGCUUACAAACUUCGUUGAAAUGAUGAUUGAUUAUUUUCCAAAAUAAAAACGAACAAUUCCAUUUGAAUUUAGCAAAAUGAAGGAAAGUAAACUGAUAUACAAAAUUAGAUACCUUGAAUGAUCCACAGAUAAAAUUGGAAGAUAUAUCUUCCAAAUUUAGGUGAAACAAAUGGCAAUAAUUCCAACGUAAACAAAAAGACCAGCGAAAACCAAUCAAUUUUCAGCGUAAACUUUACAAGAGCAAGCAAUCAUUAGGAUUGUUCCAAAAAAUGAAUGGUUUCAUAACCAAAAAAGAAAAUGUUCAAUCAGUUCUACUUAAAUUGAAUCAAAGUUUAAACUUUUUUUUCUGCCAGAUAAGUUAAGAGAAUCUCUGUGAAUACUUAAAGAUCCUAUUUCAAUAUACUACAAUAAAAAAAAAAAUAAUAAUAAUAAAGAUGUGAUUCACUCCAAUAUGUAAAUGUCAAUUCAAAA